AUGGAUGUCCUGCUGGAGGAGGGCUUGGACGUGAACGCCACCUCGGACUUCGGGACGACGCCCAUGAACGUGGCCAUGGGGUUCGGGAACAUCGGCAACAUCGAGUACCUGUUGGCCAAGGAUGCAGAUCCAUCCCCGAAUGGCGUCGUGAUAUGUGAGUGCCUGGAUGUCGAGGUCGAUUCUGACUUCACAGCCUGCCCUGAUGGGAACUGUGGAGAAAAAGACAUUGAAGAAAUCAAGGAGCUGCUGGGAGUGGCGGAUGGCGGCCACGAGAACCUGUUCGACGCGGUGGUGAACGGCGACCUGGAGAGCGUCGUCGCCCUGAUCGACUCCGGCGCCGACGUCAACGAGGUGGACUUCGACAACGACACGCCCCUCAUCAUCGCCGCGGACAGGGGCCUUGUCGAAAUCGCCGUCGCUCUCCUUGACGCCGGGGCGGACCCAGAUGCCAAGGGGCCCAUCGGCGCCACGGCGCUCCACCUGGCAGCGUACUUCGGCCACGCGGACGUCGUGGAGGUUCUGAUCCAAAACGGGGCAACAGUGGACAUUAGAAAUGAUGAGGGGUUCACGCCGCUUCAUCUGGCUAGCCAAGAGGGGCACUUGAAGGUCAUCAAGGCGCUGCUGGCGGCGGGCGCGGACAUCGAGAAGAUGACCAGGAAGAGCGGCGCCACGCCGCUGCACCUGGCGGCCACCAGCAACCAGGUGGACGCCGUGGCGCUGCUGUUCGAGGAGGGCGCCGACCCCAAGGUGGUGAACGACUUCGGGCUGUCCGCGCUGCACGUGGCGGCGCUCACACCGGGGACGGAGGUGCUUAUGGCGCUGCUGCUCGAGGAGGGACUCGACGUCAACAUUCAGACGACGGAAGGCGUAACUCCGAUCGGCUUCGCGGCCUACUACGGAAACAAGGGCGGCAUAGAGUUCCUGCUGUCCAAAGGGGCUAAUACAACAAUUGGAGCGGACAGCCCCGUGUUUUUUGGGGAAGUUUGCGGUUGCCUCAAUGAUGCUGAGCUUGCAGCGGCGCGGCAGUGCCCGGAGGGGUCUGCUUGCAACUCCGAAAAGGACAUUGCCGAAAUCGAAGAGGCACUGGGAGGCAAGCCUGGCGCUGGGACCUCGGCGGGCGGGAAAAGCCGUCCGAAAGGUGCCGCUUCCAAUGCUAUCGACGGAGAAGAGAACUUGUGUGUAGCUCUCCCCACUGUCUUGGCUCGCCUGGAAUGCGUGGCAAAAGACGCUGAGCCCAAGUGA